GUCUUCGAAUUAACACGGAUCAUGAUGUGAUGGUCAUUUAUCUUUGUGCUGGAACUUCCACAAAUGCAAACCUAUCGCUAAAGCCCUAUAUGUCCAUGGUAAUUCCAACUGAUAUGUUCCUGUUGUCUCAAGUGGUCAAUGCUCCCCCUGGCCUCUUUACACGGUUUCUCAUGAUGACAUAUUCGGACAAACCCAUCAUCGUUGCUGUGGAUGGAGUCCAGCUUAAUGUUACAUGGGAUAACAAUGUGUUCAUGGAUUGGAAGUAUUCAUGGGUAGAGAUUUCCAUUAAUGAAGGUUCUCACUACAUUGAACAAUUGGCUGAUGAAAAUAUAUGGGCGAUGACCUACAGUAUAUAUGGCAACAUGAUGAAUUCUUCACAAAUAGCUGGAAAUAACUCAUUGUCCUUUUUUGGAAUACAUUCUGACUGUUCCUGCGGUUUAAUAAGCACAAACUACAUCACCACAAGCUCUGUCUUUACAACUUCCAAGACCUCAAUCUCUAAACCGAUCUCUAAUGUGACAUCAACAACCGUGCCGGGUGACCAGGAUGAUAUCCAUCUGGUGAUGACGCCAUUAAGCUGGUGGGAUGCUCUGCAUUAUUGCCGCCAUAAUUACAGCGACUUACUCAGCAUCCCGAACAGCAAGACCCAAGAGUUAGCAGCCAGAGUCUCUAGAAAUAUAACUGCCCAGGGACUGUGGAUUGGACUCCGUCGGCAUCAAGUGUGGGGGUACCUCUACUGGACAGAUGGGGAGGCUGUAAGCUACAUAAACUGGGGGGAUGGGGAGCCCAGUGACCCUGUGUCAGACAUGUGUACAAUAAUGUCACAAACAAACAACUUCACAUGGAACGAUGCCUGCUGUGACACGAAAUUCGGUUUUAUCUGUUAUUAAUAUAACUGUAUACGAUAACUGCCCCUCUAUCUGUUACCGAUAUUA